AAAAAAAGAGACCCACUUGUUGACUUUACCAAAUAGUACCCUUCUUUGCAAUUGCAAAGACUAUAACACACAGCAUCACAUAAGCUUCUAUACUUCAAGUUAUUAUUUAUCUUUCAAGCACCAUGAUACAACUUAAACUAUUUAGCAACGGAAUUGAACUUUCAUCUUUUGUGACAAGUUGUGAAAUUCUAAAGAAAUCAUGGAGUGUUAUCUCAUCUAGUUAUGAAGACAUAGUUUCCAACGUUGGUUUUGGAUUGUGUUGGAAAAUUUAUAAAGAACAAAGUUCUGAUUUGACUAUUAUAGCCUUUGAAGCCACUUCAGAUUUUUCUUUCAAUUUUAAAAGUGAUUUGGUUUCAUCUUCUGAUCUUAAAGGGAAGAAUUUUCUCCACUUUGAGUUUUUGUGUUAUAAGGGUAACACUUUUUUCUCUCUUAACAAUGCUGCUGUUUCAAUCUUUUGUGAAAAUAUUCAGAAGCUUGAUCAGUUGAAAUCUGAGAUUUUAAGUACCAAUCCAUUGACUCCAUUGAUUAUUACUGGACAAGGUCUUGGAGGAACAAUUGCAUCUCUCUUCACAAUAUCACUAUUAGAUAACAUUGGUUCAACAAAGAAUAGACCACUAUGCAUCACAUUUGGUUCACCCCUUAUUGGUGACAAGAAAUUACAACAAUCAAUAUCACGUAGUUCAAAUUGGAAUUCUUGCUUUAUAAACAUUGUGUCAUGCAAAGAUUCUCUUCCAAGGCUAUUCACCACAAAUUACAUGCCUUUAGGAACAUUUAUCUUUUGUUCUGAUUUUGAUUCUACUUGUUUUGAGAAUCCUGAUUCUAGUUUUGAAAUUCUUGUUACGUUAAGCAAAAUACACGUUCAAAAUCGAGGAUUUCGUUCGGUUGAUUAUGGAAAUAUAGUCGAAAAUCUCAAACGUAAAGCGAUUUGCAAGGAUUUUUCUGGUUUGGUCGGAGAUAAGACUCAUUCAGAUUCACUUGCAAUUAGUAUCAGAUUGCAGUUGCAGCAUGCAUUAGGAUUGACACCACCUAUUCUGCAACGACAUAACAUUGAUAUCAAUGUUCUUGAAACAAAGAUAAAAAAACUAGAAGAAAGAUUCAUCUUUCAAAAGAGGAUAUCAUUUGAUCCAUCAAAGAAAUUGAAUCAAAUGAAAGGACACAUGGCUCAACUUGAAUGGUACAAAAAGGAAACAAAAAACCACCACAUAGGUUACUAUGAUAGCUACAAAAACAUGAACUCACCAUUUGAUCAUGAUGUUGUUGAGUUUCAUAAAAAACUCACAAUUUAUUGGGAAAAAAUGGUUGAAGAAGUUGAGAUGAAACCUCAAAAAGAAGGCGCAGCUUUUUGCACGGUAUGGCUCUACGGCGGAACUACUUAUAGAAGAAUGGUUGAGCCUCUAGUCAUUGCUCAAUACUAUAAAGAAGGUGGUAGAGAUUAUGUGAAUAAAAAAAGGUCUAAACAUUUCAAACAAUUGGAAGAAUGGUUGAAAAAAGGUUCAAAAAAUGAUCAAAAUGAAUUAAAUAGUACAUGUAAGAAGAAUGUGGAAGUUAUUUUGACUAUAGAUUCUUGCUUUUGGGCACAUGUUGAAGAGGCUAUACUUGCAUGCAAAGAGUUUAAGGUUAUGAAAGACAAAGAUGAGGCAUUGAAGAAAUUGGUUGAAUUUGAGAACUAUGUUUAUGGAUUGCUUAAGGAUUAUGCAGUGUCUCCUGAAAUUUUUUUGAGGCAAAGUAGCUAUAUGCAUUGGUGGAAUGAUUAUAAAGGUAUUAAGGGAUCUUCAUACACUUCAAAACUUGCUAACUUCAUGAAUGAUGCUAGAAAGCUUAAACAAUAUGCCUUGGGAGUUUAUGAUUUUCCCUAAAGUAUAUGGUCUAAUGAAUAAUAAAAUGAAAAUCGUAUGUGUAAAUAGAUUUUUUUUUAUCUGUAGAUAAAAUGGUAAAUAAAUUCACACACAACUGUAAUGUUUUGAGUUCAAAUUCAGGAUAUAGUAUACAGCCUAACUAAAUUAGCAUGUAAGUUAAGUUAGGCGUUAGAGAUUGUAUUUUGUAAAUAAAUUAGAAUUUCAUUGCAACAUUAUGAAACUUUUUGGUAUUGCCUUCGACAAUUUUAAGCUAGGAUUUUCCUUUUGAAA